AUGGACGUCGAGCCACACACGCUGCCCCAGCCGCUGCAACUGCCGACGCUGACUGAGCUGCCUGUGACGCCGACAUUCCAUCACGCAGAGCUGCAGCACAGCACCGCCCCCAACAACAUUGACUUCGACACCGCUGCAUACAUGUUGAUGGCCAGCGACGAAGACUUCCAGCUCCCGACGGGCACGAACUCGCCCGGGUUCCGCCUCAACUCCGCCACAAACAGCCCCGGAUUCCAUCCGUCGAGGCUUCCGCUGCCGUACUUGUCCUCCCUGGCCGGCGGAACCCCGCCGGCGUUCGACUUCGACGCCAUAGGACAGCUCUUGAUGUCCCCCAACUCGAGCUCGUUCGCCAACGCGUCGGCUGGCGGCGCCGCCUUUGCACAGACGGAAGACCACUUCCAGCCGCCGAACACAGCACACUCCCAGCCUUUCCAGCAGGACUUUCUGGCUGGCUUUCCAACGCAUUACGAUAAGUCUCCACGGCUGAAUCUUCCUGGCCUGUCUUCCCUGCAUUCGCACGCACUGGACGGAUCACAUGGCGACAACCCACUGUUCAAAGAAUACCCGCUGUCCUCAGCCCCGUCGCCCAACUCCCGUCUCUUUGCGUCGUCUUUUAACUCGCCGUUGGCUGCGAGUGCGUUGCCCUCUCCGAUCAUGGCGAUGUCCCAGUUCCCAAGCAGCCACACGGCCAGCUCAGGGGCUGGAGCACGGAACGCUGUCGCUUUUGACUCCGACGGAUCCUCUGUCGUUCAUCCUCCUGCAGGCUUGGGCAUCAACGAGCUGCCGAAAAGACAAAAUACCAUAGCUGCUGCCGCCAGCAGUAGGGAAUUGUUGAGCAAUACCGAGACGCUGGCUUUGGAGUCGUUUUUGGACUCGAUUGCGAACGAGGGCAUGGUGUCCAAAGCGAAGUCCAGGGCGGCAAAGGACAGAGGGUCCACCGAGAACAAGAAAAAGCGUAAAAUUAGAGCAGUUUCGGGCCAAGAAGAUACGAAUGAUGAAAAUGUGAGCCCCGCCAACACCAAUAGCGGAGAAAGCAUGAAGAGACGUCACGUAUUGGUAAAUGCGUCCGCUGGGUCGCCUGUGGCUCCAGUUGCAGAAAGUGGCGCAGAGACGUCUAAGCUGUCUCUGUCGAAGCAGGAAAGGAAAAUGGUUCAUAACUUAACAGAACAGAAACGCCGAGAUAUGAUCAAGGAGGCAUUUGACUGUCUACACGAGCUAAUAAAGAGCUCUCAGUACGAUCUAGAAGACAAAACGCUGCUGGAGCAGCAGGCCAAGAAAAGGAAAAGGAAAAGAAACGCCAGUGGAAGACCGAUGAAAAAGUUCGAAGUACUGAGUAGGUCAGUACGGGAAAUCGAGAUCUUGCUGGAAAAAAACAACUCGCUAUAUACUUUGCUCAAUGAAAAGAAAACGUAG